UUUCUUUAUUUCCGUUCACUAUUUAAAAGAAUAAUUAUGAAAGGAAAUUCAACUUUUUGUGUAAAUAAUCUCUUCCCAAAAGCAUCUGCAAGUACCAAUUUGACAGCAACCCUAAAACUCCGAUCAUGGCAAAAUGGUAGAACCAGCUGAAGAAUUUCCGCUCCACCAAAAUCCGAAAUGGAAGAAGCAUUCCAUAGCUAGUUGUUUCGUCUCUCUCAUCUCUGUUUUCGUUACCCAAUUCACUUUUACUCUGCUCCCUCUGUUCCUCCCCGGCUCAUCCUUUCUCACUCUUCUUCCUCUCUCAGCGGUGUUGCUUCUAAUCGUGGUAGGGUUUGGGAGAAUCUGCAAGAAGGUCGCCGGCGUUAGGGCUUCGGCCCCUGCUUUUGUUUUCCUUACCGUUUUCUUCAUCUGGGUUGUUUACCUUACUGUUAUUCGCCGAGCUAUUUCAUCUUUUGUGGACGUUGUUUUUAACAUAGAGAUCAUCGUGGUCAUAGUUGGCCUAUACCGUAUUAUGUCAUUGGACCCGGGCUUUGUAACCCAUAAUUCUUCCGGCCAUGACCUAUUUGUCCAAAGCCCUCUCAGCGAAGUUGAAUCCCAAGGCGAGGUUUUUGCGGCACAUAGGAGGGCAAAAUAUUGCAAGUACUGCAAGAAAUACGUUUUGGGCUUUGACCACCAUUGUCCUGCUUUUGGAAACUGUAUAGGCCAAAGAAAUCAUGUUUUCUUUAUAGUGCUCCUGGUUGGAUUUGUCUUGUCCGAGGCGUCUUAUGUAGGAUGUGCUUCUCAGUUUACUGCCAAGUCUCAGACGUUAAAUGAAGAUGGAAGGGAGGAGAUUACUACUUCCAGAAACUUGGUUCUUGGUACAAUGUUGUUCUGUCUAAUUCAAGUGCUCUGGCAGGUGGUUUUCAUCUUAUGGCAUGUUUAUUGUGCAUGUUCUAACAUCAAAACUGAUGAAUGGAUAAACUGGGAAAAAUAUCCGGAAUUCAAGGAUAAAGUCAUCUCUCAUGCUGGGCAAGAACAUAGUGGCACACAAUUUACGAACCCGUAUGACAAAGGAAUUGUAACGAAUCUGAAGGAGUUCCUAACAGCAAAAUGAUUUGAAUUCCGAUAUUUGUCGUUAAAAGCCUAAAGCUAAAUUUGGUAAUGGAAUUAGGCCUGAAAUAUCAGAAACAGAGGAGGUAAGCAAUGAAUACACCAAGGCCUUGCUUGAUACAGAACCAAAAAAAAAUGUGGUUACAUAGUGUGUGUGUGUGUUUGUGUGUGUGUGUGUGUAUUCUUGUAUUAUACGUGAUUGUUACAUGUAUGGUAUUCGACUAUGUGUGCUUGGUAUAGUAUGUAUUAGAAGUUGUGACUUAGAAUUCAGAAUUCUAAUCAUAUUUUAUGUUUGGUAGGUUGAAUAUGCUGAGAUGUGAUUUUCUUUUUAUUU